GCGGCGCCGCCGCCCGGCAUGCGCGCCCCGCCGCCCCGCCGCCCCCGCUCACCGCCUCUGCCCCCGCACAGCCGCGCCGGCCCGGGCGGCGAUGGAGGCAGCGGCGGCCCUGAACGAGAGCGGAGCGGCCGCCCCCCGGCUGCCGGCCGGCGGCGGCAACGCCUCGCUGGAGCUGUCGUCGCGGCCCCCCGCGCCCGCCGCCCUCAACCCCUGGGACGUGAUGCUCUGCGUCUCCGGCACCGCCAUCGCCUGCGAGAACGCCCUGGUGGUGGCCAUCAUCUGCUACUCGCCCGCCCUGCGCACCCCCAUGUUCGUGCUGGUGGGCAGCCUGGCCACGGCCGACCUCCUGGCCGGCCUCGGCCUCAUCCUCAACUUUGUUUUCCAGUACGUGAUCCGCUCCGAGACGGUCAGCCUGCUGACGGUGGGCUUCCUCGUCGCCUCCUUCGCCGCCUCCGUGAGUAGCUUGCUGGCCAUCACGGUCGAUCGCUACCUCUCCCUCUACAAUGCCCUCACCUACUACUCAGAGAGGACGGUGCUCUGCAUCCACACCAUGCUGGCGGGCGCCUGGGGGGUCUCCCUCUGCCUGGGGCUGCUGCCCGUCCUGGGCUGGAACUGCCUCCACGACCACGCAGCCUGCAGCGUCGUCAGGCCCUUGACCAAGAGCAAUGUGACGCUGCUGUCCGCCUCUUUCUUUCUCGUUUUCCUCAUCAUGCUCCAUCUCUACAUCGAGAUCUGCAAGAUCGUUUGCAGGCAUGCCCACCAGAUAGCCCUCCAGCAGCACUUUCUGACUGCUUCACACUAUGUCGCCACCAAAAAAGGAGUCUCUACCCUUGCUAUAAUCCUCGGGACUUUCGGAGCCAGCUGGCUGCCUUUUGCCAUCUACUGUGUAGUGGGGGAUCCUGACUAUCCUUCCGUGUACACGUACGCCACGCUUCUACCCGCUACCUACAACUCCAUGAUCAACCCCAUCAUUUACGCCUACAGGAACCAGGAAAUCCAGAGGUCCAUGUGGGUGCUCUUCUGCGGCUGCUUUCAGGCUAAAGUGUCCUUUCGCUCCCGGUCCCCCAGCGAUGUCUGAGUGACUUUUCUCUCUGUCGUACUGCACCGAGUGACAAUCUACCCAGUGCCUGUUCUAAACUUCAAACUACGUGGUGAAGUCGUCGGAAACAUGCUUAAGUAUUAGCACUUUAUACAUGUUUGUGUCUCUGAGAGUGGUUCAGGGUAUGGAGUUUUGGGUUCCGUGAAAAAAAAUAAUAAAAAAAAGUGGUUGUAUAUAAAUUUGCACAUCACAUUUGUAAAGUGAAGACAUUCCGAUAUCGCUUAAUUAUAGCACCUUAUUUCUAGCUGCUGACCUGCCAAAACAGUGUUGCCUUUCUGAAGGGCAGAGAGAAAGAAAGUUGUGUUUGUGUUGUAUUUGUACGUGUGUGUGUGUUGGGGGAGUGUAUGUAUGUAUGUGUGUAUCUAUA